AGCAAUAAAAGCAACCAACCAGACAAACGCAUAACACAUCGCACUUUGAUCAAACACACAACUCCCCAAGAAUCGGUUGAUAAUUACGUAUUUGGGAUCUUGAGAAUCUGCCAGCCAAUCCUAUCCCAUGCCAGGGACAAGGAUUGAAUCUUUCUUGAAUCUAUAAACACACAAACAUCUAUAUCUAUACAUAUAAUAUAACAAUAGAUCUCCUGUUUGUCGUCCAUUUCUUUUGCUGGCAGAUUCUUUGACCCAAAACAUAUAAAAAAAAAGCCCAGAUUUUGUUGGAGCCAAUUGUUGGUAUUUGAUUGAUGGGUUAUGUUGUGGAAUCAAAACAGGGGAAUGGAAAUGGGGAUGGUGGAAUAAUGAAAUCAGGGUUUAGAAGUUUGGUAAGAAGGAAAAGAGUUGAUUCUAUACAUUCUAAGUCUUCAGAUUCAGGGCAUCAUCAAUUGGCUAAAGAGUUAUCUGUGCUUCAUCUUAUUGCCAUAGGUGUUGGCUCAACUAUAGGAGCUGGUGUUUACAUUCUUGUGGGUACGGUUGCUCGAGAGCAUUCUGGUCCUGCUCUGGCCUUUUCUUUCCUAAUAGCUGGAAUAGCAGCUGCUCUUUCUGCCUUUUGCUAUGCUGAGUUGGCAAGUCGCUGCCCUUCAGCCGGAAGUGCCUAUCAUUAUUCUUACAUAUGUGUUGGUGAAGGUCUUGCUUGGAUAAUCGGAUGGGCUCUAAUUCUGGAAUAUACAAUUGGUGGAUCCGCCGUCGCUCGUGGCAUUUCCCCAAAUCUGGCAUUGCUUUUUGGAGGCCCAGAUAGUCUUCCAGCUUUUCUGUCUCGACAUACUAUUCCUGGGCUUGGUAUUGUGGUUGACCCGUGUGCAGCCAUUUUAGUGUUUAUUGUUACCGGGCUAUUAUGUGUGGGAAUCAAGGAGAGUACUUUUGUACAAUCAGUUGUCACAGUUGCAAACAUAUGUGCCAUGAUUUUUGUGAUUACAGCUGGUGGAUAUCUCGCUUUCAAAAGCGGAUGGACUGGCUAUAAACUUUCUGAAGGAUACUUCCCAUUUGGAGUAGAUGGGAUGCUUGCUGGGGCUUCCACAGUCUUUUUUUCAUACAUAGGGUUUGAUUCAGUUGCCAGUACGGCAGAAGAAGUAAAGAAUCCUCAAAGGGAUUUGCCUUUGGGUAUUGGAGCUGCACUAUCCAUUUGCUGCAUGUUAUACAUGUUGGUUUCUGCUGUCAUCGUUGGUCUAGUACCUUAUUAUGCAAUGGAUCCCGACACCCCUAUCUCUUCCGCAUUUGCUAGUAAUGGUAUCCAAUGGGCGGCGUAUAUUGUAACUAUUGGAGCUGUAACUGCACUCUGCUCAACAUUGAUGGGUUCACUUUUGCCUCAGCCACGAAUCCUGAUGGCAAUGGCUAGAGAUGGUUUGCUCCCAUCAUUUUUUUCAGAAGUAAAUAAACGCACCCAAGUUCCUGUUAAGAGCACAAUUCUGACUGGUGUGAUUGCUGCAACCCUGGCAUUUGCCAUGGAUGUCGAGCAGUUGGCAGGGAUGGUCAGUGUGGGUACGCUUCUUGCAUUCACCAUGGUUGCAAUUUCAGUGCUGAUACUUCGGUAUGUCCCUCCGGAUGAGGUCCCACUUCCAUCUUCACUUCAAGCAGCAAUAGAUUCGGUUUCUUUGCGUUAUUCUAAUACUAUUACUACCGAAGAAAUUGAUGUUGAGAUCAGCAAGGGACAAACUGGCGUUUCUGGGGAGAAAAACAAACUUUUAGGAGAGGCAUCAGCCGAAUAUCCUCUAAUUGCUAAAGUAGCAGCUCAAGCCAUAUUUAAUGAGAAACAUAGAAGAAACAUAGCAGGGUGGACUAUAAUGCUUACUUGUGCUGGAGCACUAAUUCUUACAUAUUCAGCCUCAAAUCUUGGUAUUCCUAGUUAUUUUCGGUUGACACUAUGUGGAAUUGGUGGCGUUCUUCUACUGUUUGGUCUAGGUGUGCUUAGCAUUAUAGAGCAGGAUGAUGCGAGACAUAACUUUGGGCAUGCAGGCGGUUUCAUAUGCCCGUUUGUUCCUCUCCUACCUAUCCUUUCUAUCCUCAUCAAUACUUAUUUGCUGCUAAACCUUGGGGCGGAUACAUGGAUGCGAGUAUCAGUAUGGCUGCUGAUAGGAGUGUUUGUAUAUGUGAUCUAUGGGCGUCACCACAGCUCACUACAACAUGCAGUUUAUGUGCCUGCAUCUCAUGUGGAUGAAAUUUACCAGAGCAGUGCGGAAUCAUUGCCUUCUCAGUAGACCAGAGUCAGAAUAUAAGAUCAAACUUAGAUUGUUUGUUGCGCAUUCACAUUGGUACCUUGUUCUAUACGCUACUUGUAUGAUAUGUGCCGCAGUUAAUGAUGAAAAGUCAUGCUCAUCUGAUGUAAAUAUAUGUACGUAUAUACAUAAUAUCUGUACCUAUUAUAAUUAGGCUGUGGAAUUUCUGGUCGGGAAUUCCAGAAUGAAAUGUAUAAUCUUGCUUUUCAAUGUUUCCGAGAUGUCUGUUUAUCGAAUUAUUGAUUUUGUUUAAAUUAUCAUUGGAAGUUACUAAAUGAAUUGUAUCAAUGAAAUGUAUUAUCUUGCCAAUCAA